AUUUACUGUUAACUGAAUUUAAUAUAUGGUGACAAAGAAUAUUAAAGUAUAAUUCUUGAUACUAUCAUGUUAAUCCGAGUUGUUUGCGGUGACAGUCUACCCGGAAUUCUUUAGCUUAAUGAUAAUGUUGUUUUGAAAUGUUAAUUGCUUUUGAUUCUCACGCAUAGAUAUACAGUUUUACUUCUGUUUAACUUCGAGAGCCCUUGAAAAUUAAAAAUAUAAGAACACGAUAUAUUUUACAAAAAUGUUACCGCCGACAUAUGUCGAAGGUUUCCACGAUUUGGAAGCUGUAAAGGCAAUGGAAUAUAGGCCACUCGGCAAAACUGGAUUAUUAGUUAGCAAAUUAUCACUUGGCGGUGGACCAUUUGGCUGUCAUUACAAUUCGUUCAACGAAGACGAGGCUAUUGAAGUGAUACGUCAAGGAAUAAAACAGGGAAUUAAUUACAUUGAUACUGCACCAUGGUACGGCCAAGGUCGCUCAGAAACCAUAAUUGGAAAAGCUCUCAAAGGCAUUCCCCGUAAAGCAUAUUAUAUUGCGACAAAAGUUGGACGAUAUGAAUUAAAUUACGAAAAUAUGUUCGACUUUUCGAAAGAAAAGACUAGGAACAGUUUUAACGACAGUUUGAAACGACUCGGCUUAGAUUACGUAGAUGUCAUUCAGGUUCACGACAUCGAAUUUGCACAAAGUUUAGACGUAGUAAUUACGCAAACUUUACCAGAAUUAUCGAUUAAGAUUGCGGAUGGUAAAGCGAAAUAUAUAGGUAUUACCGGAUAUCCGGUAUCGGUUUUGAAAAAGUGUAUCGAAAAAAGUAAUAUUAACAUAGCCGUUGUCAUGAGCUAUGCAAGGUACACGUUACUAGAUAAUACUUUGUGUGAUUAUAUUCCAUUUUUUAAGGAGCACAAUAUUGGUAUAAUUAAUGCUGCAGCAGUAUGUAUGGGAUUACUAACUAAUAAAGGACCACAAGCUUGGCAUCCUGGUUCAGAUAAUACAAAAAAAUUAUGCACAGAGGCUGCAAGUUAUUGCAGAGACAAUGAUAUUGAAUUAGCAAGAUUAGCAUUAUGGUACUCUAUGCAAUGUGAGGAUAUAGCCACUUUCCUGAGUGGAAUGCAAACUUUAAGUGACCUGAACAUGAGCCUGGAUUUAGUAAGAAAUGGCAUUACAGAAAGGGAGAAAAAUCUAUUACAAGAAAUUCAAGAAAAAUACAUAAGUAAAGUAACAGAGAAACAUUGGGAAGGUAAAGAGUUUCAGACAUAUUGGGAAAAUGUAAGAAAGUAAGAAAAUAUAUUUUUGUACAUAUUUCUAUACAUACGAUGAUUCAUACAUGUUUUGUCAUAUUAAAUGUUGAAUUAUAUAAUAAAUGUUUAUUACCAAAUA